AUGCGCCAUAUUGCAUGAGUUGACAUUUCAAAAACGUAACCUCAACUUUUCAUUACAAAGCAGUUCUUUUAGUUUCAAAAAAAUGGAUUGUCUCAUUGGAAUCAAAUUUAACGAUUUCGCGAUUAUCGCCGCUGACAUGACCAACGCUCACAGCAUAAUGGUCAUGAAGACAGACGAGGAUAAACUCUACAAAUUGUCCAACAAACUGGCAAUGGCCAUCGCGGGGGAGCAAGGCGACACCAACCAAUUCGCCGAAUACAUUGCGAAGAACGUUCAGUUGUACAAAAUGCGGAAUAACUACGAAUUGAGCCCCAAGGAGGCGUCGCACUUCACACGCCGCAUUUUGGCCGAUAAUCUACGAUCUAGGACGCCCUAUCAUGUGAAUUUGCUUUUGGCUGGGUAUGACAACCAAGAGGGGCCCCAGUUGUACUUUAUGGAUUAUUUGGCGUCUGUGGCAAGUGUGGAUUACGCUGCGCAUGGCUACGGGGGCUAUUUCUCCUUGUCUAUUAUGGACAGGAAUUAUUUACCGACGAUGACAAAGGACCAGGGUUACGAAUUGUUGAAAAAAUGUGUAAAGGAGGUUCACACUAGGCUUAUUGUUAAUUUGCCGAAUUUUAAAGUCCAGGUUGUUGAUAAGGACGGAGUCCACGACAUGCCCACCAUCACACUUGAGAGUUUGAAAGAUGCUUAAUUUUCGUAUUAAUAAAUUUUUAAAUAAAAA